AUGGGAGUGGUGUGGCGAGCCUCUGCCACGAACACUCUGCUGAGUCUCGCGGUGGGUCUGAAGAUACAGCAAGUGAAUGUGGUCGAACCCCUUAGCGGGAGAAGUAGCAGCCUCAGUCACGGCUCAUCAUGCUUCCAGGCUCACGCUUGGGUUCAGCACCCCUUUGUGCAGCUUAUGCUGUUGUCCACAGCGCAUUACAAGGUUAAUUGCCCUCUCCCGGAUGGCAGUGCGACCGUUUGUCUGCAUAUUGAAGUUAGGGAAGCAGAGAAGAAAAAGCAGGGCAAGCUCACUCGGCUACUUUCUGGGUAUAAGGCAGGAGAGCUUGAUCUGAAAAACUCUGUUUUGAGGUUUAAACGCGACGUAAUGGCGCUGACUGAAGAACUGGCCUUUCAUGCCCUUCAACAAGCUCAAACAACCCGCAGUGAGUGGACUAAAGAUUUCAAGAAAGACCACAUGCUCCUGUCCUUGUCUCAGGAAAAUAUUUCCGAUGCACCAACAGCUCAUGCAGCCGGUGACGGGGUUACAUUCACCACUCACCGUGGGAUGCUGCCUAGAAUGCAUUAUGUCGGGGUUCCCUUAUCUGCUGCAGUGGAGAGGGGGCAUACAGAUCACUUCACCGUCGCACUCCCAAGACCAGCUGGUUCACACAUCAAAGGACGGGUCAUCUUGACUACCUAUGCCACGACCCAGAGCGAAGAACUUUCUGCUGAUAUCAUUGACCAAUAG